AUGGCGGAAAAUGACCCAAAUAGGCGAAUUCUACGAGAUUUUACUUUACCGGGAACACAAGAUUCUCAAACUAGCAUUGCAAUGCCAACGGUAAAUGCUAAUAAUUUUGAGAUUAAACCAUCACUGAUUCAAAUGUUCAAUGGUGUUAGUGAUGAUGCAAUUAAACUUCGAUUGUUUCCAUUCUUGCUAAGGGACAAAGCCAAGGUUUGGCUACAAUCUCAUCCUCUUAACACUUUUACAACUUGGGCUGAAUUAGCUAAGACUUUUCUUAAUAAAUUCUUUCCACCUGAAAAAACUGCUAAACUUAGAAUGGAUAUAACUAGUUUCUCUCAACAGGAAGGAGAGACAUUGUAUGAUGCUUGGGAGCGUUAUCGGGAAUUGCAACGAAGAUGUCCUUAUCAUGGUUUACCAGAUUGGCUAGUAGUCCAAAUAUUUUACAAUGGUCUCACCUAUCCAACAAAGAUGCAUGUAGAUGCGGCAGCGGGAGGAGCAUUGAUGGGAAAGACAGCUGAGGAAGCUCAACAAUUGAUUGAAGAAAUGGCUGCUAAUAACUAUAAAUGGGCAAACGAACGAGGUAGUACAAGGAGAACCGCAGGUAUGCUCGAAAUAGAUACCUUGAAUAUGUUAAGUGCAAAAAUGGAUAAUGUGGUUAAGAUGCUUAAUAGGCACGUUGGUUCUAGCUCUAAUCAAGGAGUAGUUGUUGCAUGUUGUACUACUUGUGGCGGAGAUCAUGAUGAUUCUAUGUGUUCUAGCAGCGAACAUGUUCAAUAUCUUAACAAUUACAACCGUCCACCCCAAAACAAUCCAUACUCCAAUACCUAUUAUCCAGGAUGGCGUAAUCACCCGAAUUUUGGAUGGAAGGAUCAAGGGAACCAACAAAGACCAGUUAAUCCACCGGAUUUUCAACCGAAGCAACCACUUCUGGAGUCCAAACCAACUUGGGAAUUGGCAAUUGAGAAGCUGGCAAAUGUAUCAAAUGAUAAAAUUGAAAAGUUGGCCAGUGCCACUACUCAACGGUUUGAAAGAAUUGAAGGAAGGAUGGAUCAACUCAUCAAUAUGUACAGGAAUGUUGAGGUCCAAUUAGGGGAAAUAGCAAAUGCGGUUAACAAUCGCAACUAA